UGCGUCCUAAGCUUCUCCCUUCUGAUGGCGUCCCCCCUGGUGACAGCCACUGUUUCCAAAAGCUUUAAAGACUGCAGCCACUUUUUCUACAUGCAGUCACCACCUGCAGGGAUAAAAGGAACCAACCUGAGGAGGGUCUGCCAGAAGUAUGCAGACAAACUGCGCUACGCCACGUUGUAUGACAGCAGUCGCCGCCUCCCCCUCUAUUCAGCAUACAUCUUUAAGAAGUCAGAUGGGAAGAGGAGGAUGGACACGCCAUGGAUGUAUGAACCACAGUUGGUUUCUGAUGAUGAGAGUGCCAACAUGAGAGCCCUUCCCCUCACUGAAGACACCCCCCCUCUGAUUGAGGACAACCAGGCCGUGUUGGAGGACUACACAGAUGCUGUAGAAUACAGACGUGGCCCGUUGAAUCCUGACCUACACCAAUCAGAGCCAGAUGACAAAUCCUCCACAUAUACUCUCACCAAUGUAGUCCCAUUACUCACAAACUUCCUGGACGCUUCCUGGAACCCAUACUUGGACAUCAUUCGCCGCCGUCUCAAUAACUUCUGCCAUGGCAAAUCCUUCAUCGUGACAGGGGUGACCCUUUCUGGAGGGACCCUCCAACGAGAUAACAGGGACCGCCUGGGAAUCCCAAAAUACUUAUGGUUGGCUUACUGCUGCCCGAAGUUUGACCGGAACUCUCCGUAUGAGGUGAGGUUCAUGUUCCCUAGUUAUGGGGGUUAUGCACUGAAUGAGAAGACUGACCAUAGUGUGGUGGAGGUCCCUCUGAAGACUCUGGAGAGCUUCCUGAAGAGCCAGAUAGACACAGAUAGUGACCUCAAUAUGUUCUACAAGGGCUGUGUGUCAGAAAGCACCUUCAAGAAGAAGAGAGACUUGACCAGUGUUUCAGCUGAAUCUGUUGUUGACUACGACCACAACGCACCCUUUAGCGAGCGCUAUAAGUCCCCUUACGGCCUGAAUGAGGAGGAGGACAACGAGGUGGUGGAAAUCUCCAUCCAGAAGUUGAAGGAGUUCCUCAGGAGGACAACCUUUGUAGAACAGAACUUUCAGAUCUUUCAAAACCUCUUGACUAUGGCAUUUUGGGUGCAGAUUUUCCUGCUUGUCAACCUCAUAACAUCAGCGGUAAGAGGGAGAGUGGAAAAAGAGCUGUCUUCAGAAUGCAGACAAUUCCUUUACAUGGAAACACCACCGACCGGUCUGGAGCACCCCUCCCUCAGGUUCAUUUGUCAGCGUUACAACAAGAGGACACGCUACUUGACGCUGUACAACACUGUGGAUCAUAUACCUGUGUACUCUGCGUACACAUUCAAACGAUCGGCUGGGGAGAAAUGCGUGGAUGUCCCAUGGAUGUAUGAACCACAGCUCUCCACGUAUUCUGAUACAGAUGAGAUGCAGCCCUUCCCACGUGGGUACAUGCAUAUGGACUUCGAAGAUGCCCAAGCAGUCCUGGACGAUUACACAAACGCCGUCCUGUACGAGCGUGGCACCCUAAACCCAGAAGAGCAUCAGGAUGACCCGGAUGACAAGGCCUCCACCUACACGCUCACCAAUGUCGUGCCCAUGACGCUCGACUUCAACAACAGAGUCUGGAACAAACAGGAGAACAUCAUCCGCAAACGGCUCAACAACUAUUGCCGUGGAACCGCUUACAUUGUCACCGGUAUUACCACCUCUGGGAAGAUGAUCCGCCGGGAGAACAUGAACCGCGUGGCCGUGCCCACGUACAUUUGGUCGGCGUAUUGUUGCGUGGACUACGACCACAAUGCACCCUUUAGUGAGCGCUAUAAGUUCCCAUCCUUCGCUCACUACGGCCUGAAUGAGGAAGAGGACAACAACGAGGUGGUGGAAAUCUCCGUCCAGAAGCUGAAGGAGUUCCUCAGGAAGACAACCUUUGUAGAACCGAACUUUCAGAUCUUUGUGUAUGACUGUCCGCCCCCAGGGUCCAGUUACAAUAAAUAGGCAAAUAUUUAAGGCUUUCUAUUCAGCCAUUACACUCUGGGUCAUGUUCUGUCAUCUCUUACUUGCACAGUGGCACACUAACAAUGGCUCUGUUAGCAGUUGAAUAAAAUGGAGUCAUUAUUCAGCGAUUCUAUUAUUUAAACCUGUUUCUCUCCUACUGUAAAGGUUUGUGACAAUAGUCUAUGGUCCUUCACAUAAUCAAGCUCAACCUUCAAUUUGAACCACUAGCAACAAUACACAACUGAAGACUGAAAUGUUUAGCAGUGCUCUUACUGUAUUUUACAUGAAUCCGAUGAAAAUGUACCUGCCAUACCUUAUUUGCUGAAAUAAACCUUUAACUAAAAUG